AUGGGCUCCCAACCAACCCCCCCGCCGAUCCGCCUCGCCAUCCUCGAGUGCGACACGCCCGUGCCCUCGGUGCAGGAGAAAUACGACAACGGCGGCUACGGGGCCGUGUUCACAGACCUGUUCCGGCGGGCCACGGCGCCGGAGCCCGUCGAGUCCGUCCUCGAGCUGUCGGCCCACGACGUGGUGAACCAGUACGAGACGGCGUACCCGGACCCGGAGGCGCUCGACGCCGUGCUGAUCAGCGGGUCCAAGCACAACAGCUUCGAGAGCGACGAAUGGAUCCUGCGCCUGGUGCAGUACACGCGGCGGCUGCUCGAGGGCGGGCGCGUGAGGGUCAUCGGCGUCUGCUUCGGGCACCAGAUCGUGGCCCGGGCCAUGGGCGCCGAGGUCGGGCGCAGCGUGAGGGGCUGGGAGAUCAGCGUCGUCGAGAUGGCCUUGACGGAGCAGGGGAAGAAGAUAUUCGGGAGGAAUACCUUGAAGAUCCAACAGAUGCACCGCGACGCCGUCUUCGCCCACCCCGAGGGCACGAUACCGUUGGCGCACACGGACGUGUGCGCCGUGCAGGGCUUCUACAUCCCCCAGCGCGUCAUCGCGCUGCAGGGCCACCCCGAGUUCACCGAGUUCAUCGUCACCGAGCUGCUGCACCUGCGCCACGGGCAGAAGAUCUUCUCGGACGAGCUGUACGAGGACGCCAUCGGCCGCGUGGGCAACGAACACGAUGGCGUGCUCAUUGCGCGCGCCUUCCUGAAGUUCUUGCGCGAGUGA